UUUGAAUCUUUUUUCCUCUUAGAAACCAACUUCUUUUGUUUUUCAAACAUACCUAGUUAGUUCUGUAUCAAAUUUUCUCAUUCUGAGAGGAAAAGGGACCAAUUUUUCAGUACCCUGCUUCCUCCUCUGUUUUCCCCUGUUCCCAUUUCCUGGAAAAUCCAAUUUCCUCAGAAAUUUUCCCAGAAAUUUUCCAAAAUGCAAGAAAACAACGUCCCAUUCACAUUCACCGGCGGUGCCAAUAUUCGAUCUUCUCUAUCUGACCUCAUAUUAGCAGGCGGAACCACCAACACCUUAGAUUCAAUCUUCUCUCAUUGUCAACCAUCAAUUCCCACCACCAACCCUGUUCUUGAGCCCUUAGGCUCCUCUGUUUAUCUCCGACAAAGAGAUUUACUACAAAAAUUCUCCGAAGAAAACAGAGCAAACACAGUAUUUUCACAGUUUUCCAUACCCAACCCACUUCAAAACCCUGUAUACACAAGCAAUUACACGAGUCAAUUGAAGAAAAAGCAGUACAGAGGAGUGAGACAGAGGCAUUGGGGGAAAUGGGUGGCUGAGAUUAGACUCCCUCAGAACAGAAUGAGGGUUUGGUUGGGAACUUAUGAUACUGCAGAGGCUGCGGCCUACGCCUAUGAUCGUGCGGCGUAUAAGCUUCGCGGAGAAUACGCACGAAUGAAUUUCCCAAAUCUUCGCGAUGUGAAUGAGUUGGGAAUCGGAGAUUGCGCGAAAUUGAAUGCUUUGAAGUCUGUAGUGGAUGCAAAGAUUGAAGCAAUAUGCCAAAAAAUGAAAAGAGAGAAAAAGGCUAGGACAAGUGGGAAAAAUUGUGGGUGUUCUAGUGAUAGAAUUAGGAUUGGGGAUGAUAAUGAGAAAGAAAUGAAGGUUGAUUCAUCUCCGUCGUCGUCGUCAUCGUCGCUGUUGUCUCCAACUGUGUCCUCUGUUUCCGGCGAGUGUCCGAUGGUGGUGGCAGACUUGGAGUUUGAAGAAGGCUGCUCGCUCGAGCGAAUGCCGUCGUUCGAUCCGGAGUUGAUUUGGGAAAUUCUUGCUAAUUAGAAGAGGAUUUUGCAUUCCAUUUCUUAAUCUUUGAGUCAAAAGUUGUUAAAAUGUAAAUGGUAAUUUUGAAGGACAAGCCAUAGAAGCAAGUAUGAUUUGCUGUCCUUGUUAUUAAAUCUGGUUUUUGUGAAAUUUGGGUAUUUGUUUAUGGUAUUAGUUAAGGGUAAUUUUGGUGUUGUUUGGCCCUUCUUGUUUUUAUUUGAAGGCAUUAGGAAAGUUUUUGAGGUUGUUACCUUACUAGAUCAGAAAUUUGUGGGACCUUCUGUUAGUUAUUAUGAGCCUUAAUAAAGAUUAUGUCUGUUUGUGUUAUUUUUUA